CGGUGAUAGAAAGUGGGUUAAAUGUCGGUGUUUGUGCAGAGUCACGGUCCUGACAGGCUCUGCAGGAUUAUAUAACCUCACACGGCUUGUUUAGCUGCUUCUGUCGGCAUUCAGCGGAGCUUUGCUGUCAAACUGUCCAAGUUACCAGAGACGUAAAAUGGGCGAAAAGGACGAAAAGAGCCCCGAUGGAGUCAAAUAUUACAGACUGUCCGAGAUCGAGGAGCAGAACUCGUUCAAGUCAACGUGGAUCAUCAUCCACAACACCGUCUACGAUGUCACCAAGUUCCUGGAGGAGCACCCUGGAGGAGAGGAGGUGCUGAGGGAGCAGGCGGGAGGAGACGCGACAGAGAGCUUCGAGGACGUCGGACACUCCACCGACGCCAGAGAGAUGGCCAAAGACAUGAUUAUAGGAGAGCUGCACCCGGAGGACAGAGACAAAAUCGCCAAACCUGAGGCACCUUUGGUCACCACUUUGUAUGACGAGCCCAGCUGGUGGUCUACCUGGGUGAUUCCCGCUCUGGCAGCGGCCAUUGCCACAUUGCUGUACCGCAUCUACAGCCAAGAGAGCGAGUGACAUCAUCAAACCUGUCGCUGUAAUGUCACCAACAAGUGGUACAGUCAAACAGCCCGAUGUUGAUUGACAGCUCUCCCGGCCAAUGGCAGCAAAGACUGGCAGUGGAACAGACGACUGGCUGCUUCAGGGUGACAGCAUCAGAGGAUUAAAACAUCUGUUCUAAGAUCCAUAACUCUACACUGCUGCUCCCCUGUCACAGCACUACAUUACCCAAGAUUCAUUUCAUGCAGUUCAACAAACCAAUCACAUGGCAUUUUAUCAAUGAAGUCGUUAAUGUUGUUGUGACAUUUUGAGAUAUGAAUGUUCUAUCAAAUCUGUGAUAUAAUCUUGAAGAUAUGCAGUGGAUGUAUAAUUAUUUGUAUCUUUUUAUAUCUUUGUACCUGAAUGUAGAUUUAUAAAUAUGCAAUCAGCAGCUCAUAACAUGCAUUCUGAUUAUGUCCUGAAGAAAAUGUUUGAAGUUUUUAAAAACCUGUGUCCUGCUAUGAACCUACAGGUGAUUUUUAUUUGAAAGAAUUUUACAGAUUCACUUUUGUUUUUGAUUUUUAAAAUUAGCGCUUUGGAUAGUUUGGUUAAAGAUUUGAUUUGUUCACAUUUUGUCUCACGCUCAGUUUUCUUGUAUUUUUCAGAAAUGUCUAUCAGAGAAAAUCGAAACUGAUUAAGAUCUAACAAUUAGAGAGAGAGAUUUUUCUUGUACACUUCAUCAUUUUCCAAGCUAAUGAACACAGGUAGACCAUGAUCAGCGGCCUCCAUUGCAGCAACAAGUUCAUGCUUACGAUUUAGCAACGUUAAGCUGAGCCACAGUCGGUUUUGAGGUUUCAGAAUUUCAACGUGAGACAAAAGUAAUCACUUACCGUACAUUUAAAAUGUCUUUUUGAGAGGUAAUUAAACUCGAAGUGGUCUGAAAACUGAGUUGCACUCUCUCCUGUGACACCAGCAUCUGGUUGUUCAAAAGGUUUAAUCCUGAUAAAAAAAAUAAAAAAAACUAUCCACAUUUGGUAAUCCACUUUUUUCCUACCAAUGUUCACAUAAUCCAGCUCAGUUUGGGUGGGUUCAACAUGAUCCAGGUUCAGAUUUUCUUUUUCAAGAUGACCAAAUCUGGAUUAGAUAUUCUCUAAAGGGGACCUCACUACAUACUUUCUCCACAGGGGGGCGCCAAAAUCCAUACAUAUUGAAAGAUCCUAAAAAACUGCUUUGAGACACUUUGUCUCUGAUGCAAAACAGAAAAUAUAUUUUAAAAAAUGACUUCAAAUAUCAACUGCUUUGUAAAAACUCUGUUUUGUUUGACCAAUUUUGAAUCGAGCCCUCUGCUGAGGUCAGGAUAAUCCUGAAUUUUAAUAUAAGUGAUCUCCAUCAUACUCAAAGUUUUAAUACGUAGGCUACUGGACGUUUUCUCAGAUUCAAUCCAGGAUGAGAUUAACUGAUUUUUUCUUAUUUUCUUUUGAACAACCCUAAUUCCAGAAUGACUCCUAUCCCAUGGCUUUAAUCCUGAUGGGUCACUUUUGAACAGCUAGGCCCUGGUUCUUAUUCUUUAUGCAGCAAAGAAUCAAAGAAAUGUCUUGAAAUCAUAAAAUGUCUUAAUCUAAAAUUAAGUGAUUGAGACAAGUGAAUAAAAAAAAAGUGCAACCU